UGUUCAAGCUGUUCCUCAGCUUUGCAAGCUGCCUCUGCACGCUGCCUCCCGACCUAGACAGCUCUUACUCAUCUUGCCAGAGUCGAGUCGGGUUCCUGGGCAUCCCUGAGCAUCUCCUCCUCAGCAAUCCAACCUUGCUUCUCUGUGUUCUGGCUAACAGGAAACCUUCCUCACUCUUCAGUGGCUAGGAGAAGGAGCCCUCAGGAUUAGACUUUGUUUCCUUCUGAAACCUAAGCUAGAAAGGUAGAAAGUGCCAGCAACCACAAGCAGAAGGAAUUUCUCUCAGACAGUUCUGAACAGUGAAAGGUCGGUGAAGGCAGUGUGGGUUCUUGCGUUUCGGGGUAUCCUCCGAUUGUCCACAAGUUCCAGCCGGUAUCGAUGUGGGUCUCCAGAACAAAACGGCAAAAACUCUUCUGAACUCAGAUUUUCGAAGAGCAGUGUAUAACCAACCUGGAUCUGAGCGCGGCCGAAAUUGUCCUAAGAACUACAGUUCCCAGAAGGCAGCCCGGAAAAAGGGCGGUAGUAGAAAGGGACUUCCGGAUGCUGAUGCGGGCCUUGUCAGCGCGGCACACGGAGCCAACAUGACGAAGUUAACACAGUGGCUUUGGGGACUGGCUCUCCUGGGCUCUGCCUGGGCUGCCCUGACCAUGGGAGCACUGGGCUUGGAGUUGCCUUUCCCCUGCCGAGAGGUCCUGUGGCCACUGCCUGCCUACCUGUUGGUCUCCGCUGGCUGCUAUGCCCUGGGCACGGUGGGCUAUCGCGUAGCUACAUUUCACGACUGCGAGGACGCUGCCCGAGAGCUGCAGAGCCAGAUCGUGGAGGCCCGAGCUGAUUUAGCACGCAGGGGGCUGCGCUUCUGACACCUAAACCCAUUCCAGUCUGGACAUCUUUCCUCAUUCCGCAUUAAAAUGCAGUUUUAUUUUCUAA